CAAGAGGGAAAAUCUAUCUCUUCUGGGAAAGACGAAUCACAGAAUUUUUCAAACAUACGUGGCUAAGAAAAAUAUGGAAAAAAGCAGUAGCAUUGACAAACAAGGGUAGUACGUACAAGGAAAUCAGAAAACAAUAUUGUGUGUGUAUAUAUAUAUAUAUAUAUAUAUAUGUAAUCUUUAGGCGGCACGUCCUUGCACGGCCAGAGAUACAGAUUUCUUUCAUUCUGUAGGGCUCUCUUUUGGAAGAGAGAACAAUGGUGAGAGAAUCUGCAAGAAAGUGCUCCCAUUGUGGGGUCAAUGGGCACAACUCUAGGACGUGCAAUAAUAAUAAUAAUAAUAAUAUUGCCAAUGGCAAUAAUAGCGUGAAGAUUUUUGGUGUGUAUUUGCCAAAAAUUGUUGAUGAUUCUAUGAAAAAGAGUUUUAGCACGGGAAAUCUGAGCUCCAAAAAGAUCAAUGAUGAUGAAGCUAAUACUGGGUAUCUCUCCGAUGGUAUUGUUCAACGCAAGGCUGUUGAUCGUGAGAGAAAGAAGGGGACGCCAUGGACUGAGGAGGAGCACGUUGUAUUUCUAGCAGGUUUGAAGAAGCUUGGGAAAGGUGAUUGGAGAGGAAUUUCAAAGAAGUUUGUGACCACCAGGUCCCCAUCUCAGGUUGCUAGUCAUGCACAGAAAUAUUUUCUGAGACAGGCUGCAAUUGAUAAGAAGAAACGUAGACCAAGUGUGUUCGACUUGUCUCUGAAUGAAUAUGAAAUAACUCCUGAGGAUUCCCCAGUUUCACAAACAAAGAAAAGUGAUGGUGAAAGGUCAUCAGAGGCUACUGCUGCAGUUCAGAAUGUGAAUCGAUUCCCGCAUGUCUGUAUCGAUAUUCCACCAUCUGCUCAAAUGUCACCCCUAAUCUCUGGUGCUCCAAAUUACUCUUGGUGUCCAUCCAUGGUGGGAAUGCCUGGCAAUGAACAGUUCAUCCCAACAGUGAAUUUUGCUAGACAAAGUUUUCCAUCCUAUUCUUGGCUGCCUGGAACCCAGAGGAAUUUUGGUACUUGUGCUCCUGUUAUGACCCAUCCAUCUGGUAUUCCUUCACCAAAGUCUUUCCCUCACAGUCUAUCGCAUUAAGGCCUCAUAGCUUCAUCAAUUGCAAGAGAUGCUGUUGAGCUUAAAAUUGGACAAACUCAAAACUCAAAACCCCACCAAGCCAAAACUUAUCAUCUCAGACAUCCUGAGCUAUUAGACUAACAUGAAAAUUUUUGAUGAGUUGAAGCUUAA